AUGCUCUACCAAGCCCCAAUAACUCCUUUCGAUGGCUGCGGUGGUGGUCAAACUCGUUCUGACUCUUCAAGAGUGUACUAUGAGCAUGGCCGCCUCCUUCAAUCAUACCCCGCUCGGAGGGACACUUUCUUCAACUCGGGCAUCUCGAUCGCUGCAACGAAGGCUCAUAGCAAUCCACGAUCUACCAUACACUCAUGCUUCAGCAUCGUACCCGACGAUUGCUGUACUCCCGAAGCUGUCAGCCCCCCUCCGGCCUACGCACCUGUUGACAAUUUGGCAUAUUCGAGUCAAAAUAUCCCAGAAUACCCAGCGGGGGUUGCAGGAUCCUCAAUGAACCGAAGCUUUUGGACUUCAUCCCCCGACGACUAUGAGGUUAUCGACUCCUCCGAUGGGUACGGGGGCAAUCAUCUUAUAACCAUGCCGCCAACAAUGUCGCCAAUGCGCAUCCCGGGGUCGGGGGUUAGUCCGUCAACUACUACCCAUGUACACUCAACGAAUGCCCCGCUCAAUAACUACAGCGAUAACCACGGUGCCGCGCCCAAACACCAGUUCGAACGCAGGUCGGGCGUUCCUUCAGAGACCGCGUUGAGGUCGCAUGGCUGGGGCUUGGACUCAGCUGAUGCUGAUGUCUACGGUUCAUACAAUGAACCUGUUGGUCCCCCAUCGCCACAACACGAACCUGUGCCCCUGAGCUCACGUUCAACGUAUUCAACCCUCGCGGCCAACAUUCCGUACGUAUCUCAAACGUUUGCGAUGCCCAGCCCAUCAUCAAAGACACUUGGUGGGGCUACUCCGCCAAGAAGGCCGUCGCCGUUGAAAACACUCGAGGCUGCACGAAGCUGGCCCCGGCAACUUACACCACCUCCGUACACCAAGGGUCACGCCACCGCCCAUUCGAAGGAUCCCUUGCUAGAGUUUACACCCCCCAAGCUGAGCACGAUAAAGAAGAACGCCGAGAAGAAGCAAAUUCUGGCGUGCUUAUUCUGUCGAGAACGAAAGAUUGCUUGCGGCCGCCCGCCCGAGGGAAGUGAGGAUCCCACAUGCAACCAAUGCGCUCGACGCUCUCACAAGUGUGAGUAUCCCACGGAAUCCCGGCGAGGACUACAUCGACGAGCCGCGUACAGGAACAACAAAGCCCACGACGUCAACGGCUUCAACUGA